AUGGCGCCGGCGCCGGCGGUGUCCGGGCGCACGAACUGGUCGGCCGAGUGCAAGAACCUGUGGCGCGUCGCGGGGCCGGUCAUCCUGGCCUCGGUCUUCCAGUUCCUGAUCGCCUUCGUCACCGCGGCCUUCGUAGGCCACAUCGGCAAGGUCGAGCUCGCCGCCGUCUCCAUCGUCAACGGCGUCAUCGAGGGCCUCGCCUUCGGCCUCCUGCUCGGCAUGGGGAGCGCGCUGGAGACGCUGUGCGGCCAGGCCGUGGGCGCCGGGCAGCUCCAGAUGCUGGGCGUCUACAUGCAGCGCUCCUGGAUCAUCUGCCUCGCCACGUCGCUCGCCCUGCUCCCGCUAUACCUCCUCACGUCCCCGGUCCUGCGCCUGCUCCGGCAGUCGCCGGCCAUCGCGGCGGUGUCCGGGCGGUACGCGCGCUGGUGCGUGCCGCAGCUGUUUGCGUACGCCGUGAACUUCCCCAUCCAGAAGUUCUACCAGGCGCAGAGCAGGGUGUGGGUCAUGACGGCCAUCUCGGGCGCCGUGCUUGCCGCCCACGCGCUGCUCAACUGGGUCGUCGUGGCCAGGCUCGGGCGCGGGAUGGUCGGCGCGGCCGUCGUCGGCGAUGUCUCGUGGUGGCUGCUCAACGCCGCGCAAUUCGUGUACCUCGUCGGCGGGUCGUUCCCGGAGGCGUGGACGGGGUUCUCGCGCAAGGCGUUCGCCAGCCUCGGCGGCUUCGUCAGGCUCUCCAUCGCGUCGGCUGUCAUGCUGUGCCUAGAGAUGUGGUAUUAUACGGCAGUGCUCAUUCUGGUGGGGUGCCUGAAGAACCCAGAAAUUCAAGUUGGAGCGAUUUCCAUAUGCAUGAACUAUCAGCUUUGGACGCUGAUGGUUGCUCUUGGCUUCAAUGCUGCAGUAAGUGUUCGCGUCUCGAACGAGCUCGGCGCCAACCAUCCGAAGGCGGCCAAGUUCUCGGUGGUCGUCGCCACGACCACAUCAGCCGCCAUCGGGCUGGUCUUCACGGCGAUCGCUCUGGCGGCGAGGAAGGAGAUGCCUCGGCUCUUCACAGGCGACGCCGCGGUCGUCAAGGAGACCGCCAAGCUGGGGUACCUCCUGGUCGCCACCAUAUUCCUCAACAGCAUCCAGCCGGUGCUGUCAGGGGUGGCGAUCGGUGCCGGGUGGCAGUCCUUGGUCGCGUUCGUCAACAUCGGCUGCUACUACCUCGUCGGCCUGCCCCUCGCUGCCGUGUUUGGCUUCAAGCUGAAGCUCAACGCAACAGGGAUUUGGGUGGGCGUGUUGAUUGGAACGGUGUUACAGACUGUGAUUCUGUUUGUGAUCCUCGCCAGAACCAAAUGGCAGAAAGAGGCUAUGCUAGCAGGAGAGAGAAUACGGGUGUGGGGAGGAAACGUUGAGCUGCCACGGACUCAAGAGUCAAGAUCAAGCGAAAACAUUGCAGCACCUGUUUGA